GAGUCAGGAAGUACCAGCAAACCACAGGUGUAACAUUUUCAAACACACAGCGCAUCGUACCGGUCUGAUGGCGGAGCUCGGUGAGAACAGCGGCCGGCGAACGGACGAACAGGACGAGACAGAGGACAGACAUGUCCCCGAGCCCGGGUGUGGGACAAGUGACCCCGCGGGAACGGUCCUUCCGAGUCCCUGGUCCUCAAACCACAGCCAGCAGAGGAAAAAGUUAAUCCUGCAUGUCGACCUCAACAACACUAUACUGGUAUCGGACUCGGUGACGUCUGAGAAGACUGUAUCGACCCUGGACUAUUACCUGACCACUGUCACCUGGGGGAAGAUGAGCAAACACGGAAAAUGGGAAUGGCUGAGUGACUCCCCCUCCCUGCUCCCUCCCUGCAGCGACGCUGUCAGUUACUACUCUCAGUUUGGACACACGUCUGCUUUCACCUCCGCCGCCGGGCGACGCUUCCGAGGCGUCCGGGACGAACAUCUGGAGCUGCUCCGCUGGCCCGAGGGCGCCAAGGCUGACGAAGACCUGUCGAUAAAAGGAGAGGACGGUCGCCUGUACCACUGGAUCCUGCCCUCCUUCUUCCAGCUGCUCAGAGACCUGGUGAAGGAAGGGCACGAGUUCGCCAUCGUUUUCCGUACGUUCGGAAUCGAUCUACCUCAAGCGCUGAAGGCCGUGUCGCGAGCCAUGAACGACGGGGCUCAUCCGCUCUUCCCCGACCUGCCCGACCUGAAGCUAAAUGUGGACAUGACCGCGGGAAAGAUCCGCUGCAGCAAGAGGGGGAUCGUCGUGACCCGAGCCGGGGAACGCUUGUCCUCCCACGACGGGGACAGAGGCCUGUACCAGUACUUCAGCUCGGCCCAGGGCAUGGCCGGCUUCCAGGAUCACUACGACUGGUGGGCUGCUAACACCUUCUCCCACCGCGGGGGGAAGCCGCUAUGGGUGGAUCCGUUUGACCAGAACGUACAGCACAUCUUCAUAGAUGACAACAUACGGCAGAACGAUGAGGACACGGUCGUCAAUCCGAAGGUGUUCUUGGAACCAGGCGGCACAGAGACUCGUACGGCCUGCAUCUCCGAGCUGUACGACCUCACGUUGAUCCAGACCGACCUGCUCCAGGCCAUAUCCGACCCAAACUACUUCACCCAGCGCGUCCACAUCUGUCUGGAAAACUACGAGAGGAACCUCCAGCAGGAAGCAGGCUAGAGCUCAAACCCUUUCCCUUCCUGUAUGUCUGUUCCACCCACGAGACAAACUCACGCUUAGAGUACGGUCCACACAGACGAUACAAUCAAUCCGAGGACGCAGACACACAACAUGUGUAGAGCUAUUUAACGCAAAGCUAGAAGAGUUUAAUCAAUAAUCAAAUGUAUGGUGGUUACGUGUGGAGGAGUGUUACUUAAAUAUGUUUGUGCUAAUCUCAAAAUAUUCUUUAAAAACUUGCAGGAGGACACAUUAAACGAUAAGAAGGGUUCUUAUAUUAUAUCAGCUGCUCUGUCUGGUGUCGUCCGCUGAACCGCGACUCAAACAGUUUUUGACUCGUUUAAGGAGUGAAGCGGUGGUGAAGUGGUUCGGGCCGGACUCUUUAAAAAUGCAGCAGGGGCUCCGUGACUAAUCACUCCACAGGAUAAUCACUCCGUCUCUGUGGAGUUUGUGGCUCGCUGCAUAAUUAGGGUCAAACUAAAAAGUCAAUCAAAGUCUUCUAUUUACUCUUUUUGUGACUCAGAGUUCAUGCAGCUUCUCCGUUGGGAACAUUUGUUGAAGUUAAGUCACUGUCUAUGGUUUACCUCCACUUACAAAACCCAAAGGUAAUACUUGAAUACUUCCAGAUGACGGACGCAUCUUUUUACUGAGGAUUUUAUUUAGAAUAAAAAUACUAUAAAUGUAAUCGUUUAUAAAGAGACUCUUAACAACAACUGGCUUAAUAACUGAUCAUUGAAUAUGAGAAAAUGCUUCUGUUAAGAAUCCUAAAAGUUCCAUAGCUGAUUUCCUGAUGUGGUCAAGUAUCUGGGAUGCACUUUUUCGGAGUUCAGACGGGUUUGGGAUGUGUUUGCACGGAUUCAUUUUUAGAUUUGAAAGCACUAUUAUUACAGCUUUUAUAUUUUAGAAGACGUUUUAGAUAUUGUUAAGCUUACUGGGAGAUUUUUAUUUGCUUUAUUUUCCUCAGGUCAGUUUUAAAGAGACGGCUGAAUGGCAACGUCAGUGGAAAUGCUACAAAAUAGACAAAGAGAACCCACUCAAACAUGUCGGAACAGAAAUAGCAUGAUUGUGUAUUUGUUGUUUGGGGAAAUGAGCCACAUAUCAGCGAGCUGCAAAAGCGAGAGCACCUCUGGGAUUACAAGUUAACAUGGAGGAGUGGUCCACCCACAAAGAUCAUUCCAGCAUCAGAACCUUGCUCACCGUGCUCUCCAUGCCCUCCUGCAGUUAUCCACUCCUACCUGAAUGAACAGUUCUCCAACCUGCCUACCUCCUAUAUUCUCAAACUGUCAUGUAACAUCAUCAGCUUUAUCAUGUAUCUGUACCAUCAUCAUUGGAGUCUUGAGACAGUUUGUUUUGUUGUUGACGCUACGUGAAUUGAACUGAACCUCCACCUGACAGUGAAACAUGUAGGUGCUAACGUCUUUAUUUGGGCCUGUUUUGCUGCUUCUGAGCCAGGACAGUUUGUCAUCAUUCAUGGACCAAGGAAUUCUGAAUUCUGCCAGUGAAUCCUAAAAGAAAAUGGCAGAAUGUGAAAAGAAACGGGGUCAUGCAGCAAGACGGCGACGAGCCCAUGAACGGUUAAAGAAGAACAAGAUGAAUGUUUAGGAACAGCCAAGUCUAAAGUCCUGGCCUUAAUCCAGGAGAAAUGUUGUGGAAGGACCUGACGCUAACAUUUCACAUGGGGGAACCCACCAACAUCUCAGUGGUUCUGUUCUGAGGUUAAAAUCCCUCCAAGCUGCUGUAGACCACUGAUCAGCAGUUACCAGAAACCGACCAAAGGAUCACACCCGAUAAAUGCUCAAGUAUAAUAUUUCUUUCAUUUGAUUGGGUUCUCUUCGUCUGGCCGCUGAUGUUUUAGUCAUUUUUAUAUAUUUUCUUUGCAGAAAUGUUGUGCAUAAACCUCUAAGCAGCACUGUAGAAGCAUAGAUUCCUUUUAAAAAAGAGGACUUGAAGUGAAUACACUGGUGAGAAAAACAUAUUCCAGUUUUAUAACAGCUUUGUUUCCAUGUGGGAAAAAAUUAAAUCCAUUAAAUACUAUAUUUAUGAAAGAAAGCUAGAAAACAUUAGUAACGUCUUGGGAUACAUGAGGCUUAAUUAUCAUUAUUAUUAUUUGAGCUUCGUAGUCCUGUGUGUUUAUUCCUGAAGUAAUAAAUAAUAUAAUUUUAUUUACUGAAUAUUCAGCUUUUCAUAUAAAUGUAGCACAAAUUCAAACCAAAAUUUAGAAAGAUCUUUGGCAUAUUAGGAACUGGUUUGUAGGGACAAACUCAAGGUGGCGCUAAACCUCCUUUAAAGAUCAGAGAGGAUUUUCCUCAUUGUUACUGAACAACUCUUCGACAUUCCUCUGGGUUGUAUAUGUGACAGCAGCAGCUUUUUGAACCAAUCAGAGCUCUGUACACGAAUUGUGUGUUUGAGUAAAUGCUGCAUGAUGCAACACGUCAUUUUCUUCUGAUUUCAUUGAUAAAAGCCGUAAAAGACCUUCCUGCUUUUUCACAUACAUGCAAGAAAACGUUUAGGAUAAAAAUUAGAACAAUGACUGAAUGAAUAAUUGAAGAUAAUGACGUUAGACCAGCCACAGUCUGUAAAAACGUUCAAGCUGAUGCCAUUGAUGAAGACUGACUGCGGUUCUUGAGGUCUACUUCAUGUUGUUUUGGUUUAUGCAGCAUUUUUUUGGUCUGAAAGAUGUUACACUGAAAUGCAGUAAUAUGAGACAUAUGACACAUAGGAAAUCUUUUAUGCUGAUCCAUAAAUUGAUCAUAAACGGUGUUAAAAUUUGAGCCUUGAAAAAGUUGAAAUAUUAACAAACUUUAUUUUUCAUUUGUUUCUUUUUGCUGGUGUGAAGUUUUACUACAGAGCUAAAUAAAGCGCUGUUAAGAA